AUGCAAUUCACUAGACUGUUCUCCUCUACGACGGCAAGAUCUCUUGCCAAGAUCAAAGUCAAGACCCCCAUCGUCGAGAUGGACGGUGAUGAAAUGACUCGUAUAAUUUGGUCCCAGAUCAAGACUAAACUAAUCAAGCCAUAUCUAGAUGUUCCUUUGGAAUACUAUGAUUUAUCCAUUGAAAACCGUGACGCCACGAAGGAUCAAGUCACAGUGGAUUCCGCUAAUGCUACUUUAAAACAUGGUGUUGCAGUCAAAUGUGCCACUAUUACACCUGAUGAACAACGUGUGAAGGAAUUUAACUUGCAAAAGAUGUGGAAAUCUCCAAAUGGGACCAUUAGAAAUAUAUUGGGUGGUACUGUUUUUAGAGAACCAAUCGUCAUUCCAAAUAUUCCUCGUUUGGUUCCUGGUUGGGAAAAACCUAUCAUUAUUGGGAGACAUGCGCAUGCGGAUCAAUAUAAGGCUACCGAUUGUUUGAUUCCAGGUCCAGGGAAACUACAUUUGAAAUGGACUCCUGAAAAUGGGACCGCUGGAGACGCCAUUGAUUUACAAGUUUAUGAUUAUCAAGGAUCUGGUGUCGCUUUAGCUAUGUACAAUACAGAUGAAUCUAUCAGAGGAUUUGCUCACUCAUCCUUCAAAUUAGCUUUAACUAAGAAAUUAAACUUAUUCUUAUCCACUAAGAAUACUAUCUUGAAGAAAUAUGAUGGUAGAUUUAAGGAUAUUUUCCAAGAAAUUUUUGAUAUGGAAUAUAAGACUAAAUUUGCUAAUUUGGGAAUCUCUUAUGAACAUCGUUUGAUUGAUGAUAUGGUUGCACAAAUGAUCAAGUCUAAGGGUGGUUUUAUCAUGGCUUUGAAAAAUUACGAUGGUGAUGUUCAAUCCGAUAUUGUCGCUCAAGGGUUUGGUUCUCUUGGAUUAAUGACCUCUAUCUUAGUGACCCCUGAUGGGAAGACAUUUGAAAGUGAAGCUGCUCAUGGUACCGUGACAAGACAUUAUAGAAAGUUCCAAAAGGGCGAAGAGACAUCAACAAAUUCAAUUGCUUCCAUUUUUGCAUGGUCAAGAGGGUUAGCUAAGAGAGGUGAAUUAGAUGGAACUCCAGAUGUGGUUAGAUUCGCCAAUUUGUUGGAAGCUGCUACAUUAAAUACCGUUCAACAAGAUGGAAUAAUGACAAAGGAUUUGGCUUUAGCUCAAGGUAAGACUGAUAGAUCUUCAUAUGUUACUACUGAUGAAUUUAUCGAUGCUGUUGAGAAAAGACUACAAAUGGAAAUUAAAUCCAUUGAUUAA